AUGUGCUGCCGUUACGUCAGUUCAUCGUCCUUCUGUGAAGGAGUCAAAGGAAAGGAAUUUGAAGAUGUCGUCCCUUUCUGCCGCCAGCGUGGAGCCUCCCGCCGGCACCGAGGAGAAGAAGCCCCUCAAACCCUGCUGCGCGUGUCCGGAGACCAAGAAAGUCCGGGACGCUUGGUGAGUAAACCGGAGCGCGUUUCCCCGCCGCCCGGGGCCGGAAAAAACAUCCCCGAACCUUGUCCUGUCUCCACCAGCAUCAUCGAAAAGGGGGAAGAGAACUGCGGAGACUUGAUCGAGGCCCACAAAGACUGCAUGAGGGCGCUCGGAUUCAAGAUUUAA